CACCAUAUUUUUCUUCUUUGUCUCUUCCCAUCUCACAACAUAACGACUAUAGCUACCUCUCAAUUCAUCAUGCUUCUAUAGCAGAAGACCUGCCACUACCGCGCCUUGCAACGCCUCACCAUGUCCAUCCACUCCGUCACCAAGGGCGAGGCUUCGUCCCUGGCUGACCAACUCUCCAAGGUCCUACCCCAGGGCUAUCAGUUUGGCAUCCAUCACCUUUCGACGCCCCCAACCCAAACCGAUGCUCUCUGCUCUGCUCCUCCCGGCGAACGAGAAGACAAUACGUACUGCGAGAACCAUUUCCUAGCCGUCACCAUUGAUGCGAACACGGCCAGUAAGAAUGGCCCCGACACUACCACCACCACCGGCGCCGCCGUCACACCCGGUCACGUCCUCAUCCUGGCCAUCGAAAUACUCAUCUACACGACUGCUUAUUCCAGCACCUUUUUUGUCUCCAAGGCCGAUUCCACUGGCUACCUCGCCCUCCUCGACCUCCCCAAGGGCGCCCCAUCUCCCAUCAGAGAAAUCUGCACGACCAUCCUAGCAUACCUCGUUCAGCACCGCAGGAGAAAGGGGCUCCAGUGCGUCGUCAGCCUGUUUGCCCGCGCCCAAGACCAAUACCUUUUCCCGCUCAGCGUACAAAACAAAUCCAAGCACGUCCUCGACGACCGGGGGCUGGUCAAGUGGUGGUGUCGCGUCCUCCAUCCCCUCGUCGAUAUCUCGUCCACGGGAGGAUCCUGGGCCGACGUCAAAGGCCACCUCGUCGUGCCGGGCCUGGACAAGUACGAGAUGCGGGCUUUCCUCCCCCGAGCCCCGGACGGCGAGUCGCGCUGGGUGCUGAGCCACCCCCUGGAGAAGAUCUCUCACUACACACGAGAGUACGACUGGGUUCCCGCUCGAUGCCUCAUUCCGAGUUUUCCCGACGACCCCAAAUCGCGAUACCGCGACGAGCUCGACGAGGAGGCCAACAGGUCCAAGCUGUUGCGGACGAGCGGCAUGUGGAAGAGCGUCAGGUCGCUCGACCAGUUCUGGGAGAUGAUGGCCUUUCGGCAGGAAUGCUCUAGCGGUCGUCUUACCGGGUUUAUCUGGGUCGUGUUUGAGCCAGGGGGUGACGGGAAGGGAUCGAGCGCUCCAACCGCUGCCGCGUCGAACGCUACAGCGGCGCCAAGCCCGCCUUCCACCCCUCCCAAGAACGCCCAGGGAAGGCCAACCACGUCGUACUCUACUCCUCGGAAACUAUUCCCCACCUCUACAUCAGGACGUACCCCCCAUGGGGCGCCUUCCAAGACGAAACGCGCGGGCGAGAAAAAGAAGCGGAAGAAGCGCCUCACAGGGCCCAUCGAGCCUCGACAGCCUCACAUCAAGACCCAACAGCGCAACUACCUCCUCGACCGCCCAUCCUCGACAGCCUACUACCGCUGGCCCGCCGAGGGGAGGGGCCGCAGGGUCGUCGGCGAGUCGGACUACAAGCGGUCCAUCGAACUGCUCCUGCACCUGGACUUCUCCACCCUGGACCGGGCCAGGAGCAGCACGAAGCGGUGGGUGAGCGAGGUUGGCAUGGGAGAAAGCUGGGUCGUGGAAGUGGUUGGUAUGCGCGAGUCGGCGGUGUCGGCGGUGUCGGCAGCGGCGUCAAGCGGCGGGACGCCAAUAACCGCGACCGGUGCGUCCGUCAACGACCUUUCGGGUCUUGUGAAGCGUAAGAGGGGUCACGGGGCUGGAGAGGACGGGGCGGGGCAGCCGGCUAAGGUGAAUGUGUUGAGCGCUGGACUGGUGCGAAAGAAGGCGAAGCAGUGACGCUGUUUUCCGUUUUGCGUGGUUCUUAUGAGGAGUCGUCGUCUCUUUUUUUUUCUUUUUGCUUUUUUUUUUUUUGGCACGAUAGCAGUGGCGUUGGGACCGGAUACCCCGUAACCACUGGAUGGGAAAGAUUUGGGUGGGAUUCCUCUGGUAAGGGAGGAUGGCGUUGCUUUCAUCUUUCAGGGAUACCAUCUUGGGUGACGACAAAUAAGAAGACAUUUGUUGGUCUGUUGCUUGCACCAUCCGUCCACAGCUAUCGUGACGGUGGCCUCCAACCAUCGGAGUUGAGACUUGGAUUCUUAGAUCCCAAGAUCAAAGGCGUACUAACCAAGGGGCUUAUAUAUAAGUCGCAAGGAAAAUUAACUCAAGGAAAAAACUCACUCAUCUGACAAUCGUCAAACAAGCGCAGUGUAUCAUAUCGC